AUGCCCAAGCCAUUGAUUGCUGAGAUUUAUGUCUUUUGCUCUGCGGGGUUUUGUUAUCUGCUUCAAUUUGUGUCAAAGAAAAUGUCUUUUUUGUUGAAAAGUGAUUCGGAAUAUCGAUUGGAAGCGCAAGGAACAGAUCGAGUGGAAGCGCCAUUAUGGCCUAAUGGCAAGUACAAGCCCCUAAAGAAACUGAGGUUGGCGGAGGUUGAAGCCGAGCAAAAGGAGCUCCAGGAGGCUAUAAAAAAUGCAAGACAAAGAGGCUUGAAUUUUACUGCCCUUAAUGGUGAUUGUGCAUAUCAUAGUCUCAAAUUUGUCUUGCAACAGAUGAGUCUGGGUAAAUUAAUGAAGACUACAAUUGAGAAAGAACACAAGGUAGAUAAGGUUGGGGAUUUGGCCCUCUCUGCUUCACUAGAGGAACACGCAGAGGCAAGUCAAGCAACUAGAGAUGAUAAUGGUGAUUCUGAUGGUGAUGAUGAAGAAGAGGAUGGGGAGGGUGUUCGUAAUUAACAUAGGUGCAACUUUUAGUAAAAUUGCAAGAUGUUUUGACUCAUCGAUUUUGUAGAAGCAUCA